GCCGUCUCCCAGCGUGCCCCGCGGCGGCCGAGCGGUAGCGUUCACGACGGACCCAGCGACCCCCCCCCUCCACGGGACGCCCCGCCUCUUCCCCGCGCCGGGGCGGCGGCCUCGCCCGACGGCUCGGCGGCGGCGGCGGCGCGAUGGACAGUCCUGAGGUGACCUUCACGCUGGCCUACCUGGUCUUCGCCGUGUGCUUCGUGUUCACGCCCAACGAGUUCCACUCGGCCGGGCUCACGGUGCAGAACCUGCUGUCGGGCUGGCUGGGCAGCGAGGACGCCGCCUUCGUGCCCUACCACCUGCGCCGCACGGCCGCCACGCUGCUGUGCCACGCGCUGCUGCCGCUUGGCUACUAUGUGGGCAUGUGCUUUGCGGCCUCAGAGAAGCAGCUCUACUCCCCCAGCCAGGCCCCGGAGGCCUGGCGGCUCUUCCUUCUGCUGGCCGUGAUCUUCCCCUCUGUGGCCUGCACCCUGAUCUACUACUGGUCCCGGGACAGGUGGGCCCACCAUCCACUGGCUCGCACCCUGGCACUCUACGCCCUCCCACAGUCAGGCUGGCGGGCUGUUGCCGCCUCCAUCAACACCGAGUUCCGGCGGAUUGAUAAGUUUGCCACUGGGGCGCCGGGUUCCCGUGUGAUUGUGACAGACACGUGGGUGAUGAAGGUGACCACAUACCGUGUGCAUGUGGCCCAGCAGCAGGACGUGCAUCUGACUGUGACUGAGUCGCGGCAGCAUGAGCUCUCGCCAGACUCGAACCUGCCGGUGCAGCUCCUCACCAUCCGCGUUGCCAGUGCCAGCCCCGCCGUGCAGACCUUUGACAUCCGGCUGAACUCCACUGAGUACGGGGAGCUCUGUGAGAAGCUCCGGGCACCCAUCCGCAGUGCAGCCAACGUGGUCAUCCACCAGAGCCUGGGUGACCUGUUCCUGGAGACAUUCGCCUCCCUGGUGGAGGUUAACCCGGCCUACUCGGUGCCCAGCAGCCAGGAGCUGGAGGCGUGCAUUGGCUGCAUGCAGACACGUGCCAGUGUGAAGCUGGUGAAGACCUGCCAGGAGGCGGCUGCAGGCGAGUGCCAGCAGUGCUACUGCCGCCCCAUGUGGUGUCUCACCUGCAUGGGCAAGUGGUUCGCCAGCCGCCAGGACCCCCAGCGCCCUGACACCUGGCUGGCUAGCCGUGUACCCUGCCCCACCUGCCGCGCCCGCUUCUGCAUCCUGGAUGUGUGCACAGUGCGCUGAGCACCGUGUGGGUGGGGUGAGGCCUUGGGGGCCAGGCCCUGUGCCCCCACCCACUGCCGGGGGGAGUGGCUAGGCCUCCUAGGCCUCAGUAAAGGGCUCUAUUCAAGGCACACAAUCUGCAGCAACUCUCCUUUUCCCUGAGUCUGCAGUAGGAUGAGGACUUUAAAGAAGAGCUCAUAGAAAUGCACCCCCCAACUCCCAUAGUGGCCGUAGGAUGGGUCCUCAGCACCUUUUCUUUGGGAGGCCUCAAGGUAGGGGCACCUUCCUCCAGGUAGGGGCAGGUACUCCACACAGAGAACGUGGCAUUGGGUCCCUCCCUAAAGCAUUCCAAGGCCCCAGAACUGUUCUCUGGGAGACCAAGGGUCUACCCCAGCUGGCCUUCACCUGGGCCACUUGCCUUAAUUUUACAGAGCACACCUGCUCCUCAGAUCUAGAUUCAUCCAAGACUGGCCGUGGUCCGUUCUUUGGCCCGUCUUGGAGCUGGCCACUGGCCCUGUGGUGUUGGGGUCCCCUUCCCCAGCCACAGAGGCUACUUGGAGGACCCUGGGCAGAGCUUGUGGGUGGAGGGGGAGAACAGGACACCACUCUGGUAUGAGAGUAGCCCCAGGUGUGGUCACUGCGGCAGCAAGGGGCCACACCUGGGGAUGGCACCAGGAGGGUGGACCAGGGCUGCCCCUCCUCACUUCUGGGGGCCACUCACCCACUGAAGGGACACUCGCUCAGUCCUUGGUGCCUUCUGCUGCUCCCACAAAUCCAGGGAAGGCCAAGGACUCAGACUCCUGCCCCUGGGGGGGUUGAGCUGAGGACCAGAGCACUACAGCAACAUCCAGAAAACAAGUCUACCAGGGGUGCAGCACAGGGCCAGCCACUGCCCCCAGGGUCUGCCUGGUUCAGAAGAGGAUGUCCCCACUGGUCAAGGGUCUGAUGGGUAUCUUGCCCAAUUCCUGACGGUGCAGGUGGGAGGGGAGGAUGAUGGCCAGGCCUCAAGGUGCAGCUCUGACAUAGGUGUGGCCCCCAAAUCUCUAAACCUGGCUGUCGCAAGCAGGGGUGAUGGAUCCAGCUGGCCUGACUCACCCAAGGCUGUACCUAAGCCCAGGAAUUUGGAAGCAGAGAAAGCUCCGUGUGGUGGGGCCCCCUGGGGCACUCCGUAGAUGAAGGCAGACGGACAGUGGCCAGGAGCCAGACCAUUCCAAGGUCCAGAAUUUCAAGGGCUGCCAAGGAGGGGUGGGUGGUUUGGGGUUAUUUUUACUAUGAAAGAAAGUUACUUAGUUUUAUAAAGAUAAAUCUAUUGAGGCUAAAUGAUAAUGGUAUUAAAUAAAACAUAAGUCCGAAAUGA